CCCAAUGGAUAUUACUCCUUCAUCUUCUUCGUUCCCGUGACCUAGCUACUCGUUGCCCAAAACCCACAAUUCAAAAUCAUUUAUAGAGUUCUCCCCUCACUCUGUUUUGGUGCCUAAAAAGAGCUUAUUCACUGCAGAUAUGCUGUUUGGUUACUUUUAGUUGCGGUGGGAUUUGUUGGUUUUUGGAAUUUUAGAUGCAAAUUUGUUGCUUGUUGAUAGAUAGUUUUGAGAAUUUUAUUUUUGUAGAAUAUACGCUUCAUUCUAAAUCUUUUUGGCUUUCUCUCUCUCUCUUUCUUUUUUUUCUUUAAUUCAUGUACUUCCAGGGUUUAGGGUUUUGUGCUUUCUGUCUCUGUUUAGUUUACACCUGCUAAUACUCAAUGCAAAAACCUCGAAAUUUUGAACUUCUCUUUGAAUUUGGCACCAAAAUCUUCAAAUUCUGCAAAACAGAUUUAUCUUCCAAAUUUCAGUUUUCUUUCGUGGGUUUAUAGUUUUGAUCUGUUUUUGAAAUGGGUUAUUUUCAAAUUUCAAUUUUUUUGAUGCCAGAGUUUCAAAUUUGAGAAUUUUUUUUUUCUUCUAAUUUUGCUUUCGGUUCCCGGAAAUGUCUUCGUUCUUAAUCCGCAGUGGCAGGACCUAUUCUCUGGACCUGGAAAUUGUAAAAUCACCGUCUACUUCACACAUAUCUUCACCUUCUUCAACGCUUUCAGAAUCCAGCAAUUCCCCACUCGCAAUCUCCACCCGGAAACCUCGAACCCCUCGAAAACGCCCCAAUCAGACCUACAACGAAGCAGCCGUCCUCCUUUCCACCGCUUACCCCAAUGUGUUUCCUCCCAAAACCCUCAUAAAACCUCAUAAAUUCACCAGCCCUCACGGUAAUUUCUUCGAUCAAUCGUCGGAAUUGUUGUUGCCUUUCCGCGUCAUCGACCAAGGCCACUACUCUGGUUUCUUGCCCCACCAUUACCAGCCAAUCGAAGAAAAAACCAAUAGCCUGAUUUUACCCUACAAGGUGGUGGAUUUUUGCUGUCAAGAAAUCGAUUCCGGUGUAAGCUCGGUGCAUCUCUGCUCUGAAUUGAACGAAGAAUUCGAUGCGGAAUCGAUUCUGGAUGAGAGAAUUGGGGAAGGUAUCGAUAGCAUCAUGGGGAAUCUCAGCGUUGACAACGAACAAGUGGAUGCAGACAAUGGUGGCAACAUGUAUGGAAAUUCGAUGGGAUUGGGAUUUGGCGGGAAAUUCGAAUUCCCGACCACGGGAGCGAGAGCUUGGAGACAUUCCGAUGAGGGGAAUUGGUGGAACUUUCCCACCGUCGACAUGCGUCAAAUUUCGCCCAGGAUUACCACCAACAAGGUCAAGAAAGAGAAGAAGAAGGAGGAGGAGGAGGAAAUAAAAGAUCCGGACGAGCCCAAAGAAAACCCGAAUCCACAGCAAAACACCGGAUUGCAGUUGAAAUUAAACUAUGACGAAGUGUUGAACGCUUGGUCGGAUCGCAGCUGCCCUUUCGCCGACGACGCUGAUUCACCCGGAAGCCAUGCCUCUGUGAGGCUGGCACAAAUGGAUUUAUUCUGGGAGGGUGGUGGAGGGGUGAGAGAGGCUAGCGAGUUGCGGUACAAGGCAAAAUUGCGUACGCAGCUCUUCUCUAAGAAGAUCAUCAGGUGUCAGGUCAGGAAAGCCAAUGCUGAUCGACGGCCCAGAAAUAGAAUGAAGGGGCGUAUUGUGAGGAGGCUAAAUUCUAGUGAGGACAGCUGAAGACAUGCUGCUUUAAUACAUCUGGUUUUCUCAUCUUAAAACCCUACACUAGAAACUGGGGGGUUUGAGAGAAAAAAGGCCACUAAGUUUUUGGAAGGACUUGUUUUUCUAUUUCUUCUUUUGUACCUUCGAUUAGAGAAUGGCUUGGAUUGUAGUUUUCUCCAUAGAAACCAAUACCCCUUUUAGCAAGAUUC